AAAACGCAGUGCAGGAAAAGCGUGCUUUCCCACACUGCAAGUGAUCGCACUGCCCUUACGAAAGCGUGUAGAUGCCAAUGAAUUGGUAAUGGCAACCCAAAUGCAUCUCACAAAUGCAGCACGUUUGCAGCCACCAAAUCGCAUGGUUCCACCAGGGGCCGCAGUUUGGAGACCCCCCUGAUCUAAAGGGAGUCAGUACAGCUGCCAUACAGGGGCAGACUGACCAUUUGGGAACUCAGGCUCUGCCCGAGGACCUGGGGUCAGUAGGGGGCCCCAUGAGAUGCCCCUGGUACCUUUUUCAUAGGCUUUUUUGAGUUUGGGCAAGGACACAUGGGCCCCAUGAUCCCCUAUUGCCCGGGGGCCCCAU